ACUCAGUAGAAUUCUAUGCUAACACAACUGCAAACCAGCAUAGGUAUGGAUAUUUCGGGCCGUGCCUGGAUGCCGGCCACAUUCGUAAGUCAGCAAAUUUGUAAUGGUUAGCUGGGUCGUCUGUGAUGCAGGGGGGUAAAGAAUCCUUCUGAAGAUAAGGAAACCGGGACAAGAGUCGUUGGAUAGGGGAAACCCUCCUUAGCAAGCUUCAUUGCUUCUGCGGGUAUACAUGCCUAUCUAGGUAUACUAGAACUGCGUGCGGGGUAUGUCAUCAUCAGCACACUAAGUCCAUGCUUUGGCGUACUCCCUUCCUGCGUUGAACUUCUUCCAAAAUUUGCCAGAUAUAUGAACCUACAGCGAUUACCAAUCAAUAAAACAUGGUGUCUAUGUCAGCCCCGGAACAAUACCAUAUCAAGCCAACUCCACACUGCCCAAACAACCGUCUCCCAGUUUUAGUGUAUCGCGGUGUAUUACCCACGCCAUUGGAUGAAGGAACUGCAUCAGAAGCGCUGCAGCUAAAUGGGUGGGUAAAGAAGGGGACUUGGGGUACUAUCACGGUUAAACAUUUUCAUCCCAACACUCAUGAAUGUUACGGGAUCUUCCAAGGAGCUUCCGAGUUAGUGUUCGGUGAGGGUGGAGCCGAUGAAAGCGGGAAAGGGAUAAGAUGCCAUGUUCGCGCCGGCGACGUGGUUGUCGUCCCCGCAGGCGUUGCCCACGCCUCGGUAGCUACGGAAGAGGAGGGGGGUACCCAGAACGAGUCCGGUGAUGGCCACAAGCCUUAUAAGUACAUAGGUGUCUACCCAGAGGGGGCGCCGCAUUGGCGUAGUGAGCUCGGGAACCGCAUGCUGUCGAGCGAGGACGAGGAUUUGACGAACGAGGUUGCAUCAGUCGCCGCUCCUAGUGCGGAUCCGGUGUAUGGGCCCCAUGGGCCUUUGAUGGAUAUCUGGGGGAAGGUUACUAAACAAUGAUUUGCAUAUUCUGAGGUUCUAAGAAGCUUCUAUUCUGCAGGAUGAUGAGCUGCUGAGCCCCUGAAACUGCGAUCCGUGGUUGAUGGACAAGUGAACAUUGAAUAACUUGGCACAGCCGAGACCCAGGAUUGAAGAACUCCACAUAUGUCAGUACGUAAAGGGUUCACCGAAUGUCUUAUCAACGUAAGUUAAUGUUGAUAAUUGUUGGAUACCUCAGGCCAUGGUACCCGGAAGCCUUGUUAGGAAAACCCUCGCCGCAAAUGCCAGAUAAAAUUAUAUCUAUAUUUGUUUCUUGAUACAUUUACCUCAUCUGUGUACAUCUUGAAAGUUUCCUCAAUAACCAUCGAC